AUGGAUACAUUCGUAACUAAGCAGCACGAACAUACUUCUGCAGAAACCAAUGAAUUACUAUAUCAACUUCAAAAAUUAAAAGAAUCUCACAAUGUUGAUAUUCAGAAUAUUGCUAAGAUUACUUCGCUUAUUCUUACACACGGUAUUAAUCUUCAAGAUGGUGUAACCGCUGAGCAGGGUAUAUUUUCUAUGGAUCCUUUUAUUUUCAAAUUUAUCUCUUGCCAUUUAUUUACUUUAAAAAACUCUCAAUUAUUUCGACAUCAUGUAACUGAAUUGUACAAAGCAUUAGCUAUUUGUGGUGGUUAUCGUCUUAAAUGCCAAUAUUCGAAUCAUUAUACUAGAAAUAUAAUUUCUCAUGGUUUCGUCUACGUAAUAAAUGAAUUAAAGUAUAUGAAAUAUCAUCUAUCGACACAUUCUGUCAAUAUCCAAUUGUGUCGUAUGCUGAUUGAUUUAAUUCUUUUUACAAUUCAAUGCGUAGUUCAUACAUUCGACAAGAAUUAUUGGUCUGUAUUGAAUUUUAUCUCUCUAUUACAAAGCAUCUGUUUUUCCGAAUUAAUCAUUCAUAAUAAUUGCGUUGUAGAAAUAAUUACAAAAGAAAUAUUUAAAUUACUUCUCGAUGAAUAUGCUCAAAAAAUUGGAGUUAUAGAAUCAUAUUGGAAAGAUCAGUUCUUUAAGCUGAUCAAGAAAUUAAUCGAACAAAAACGUAUUGAUGAAAUACUCUUUUUUUAUCAAUAUAAUCAACAAAUAAAAUCUUUUUUUGAUACACCAGAUCAUACUCAAAAGCUUGUUCGUCUACUGCUUGGAAGUCGAGUAGGAAGACAAUUAUUUGAUCGAUUUCUUAAACAAAAACUGUUAGAAUCAUGGUUAAUAUAUAAAGAAUGGAUAUUUUAUCUGGUAAAGAAAAGAGAAAUUGGAUUUCUAAAAAUAAUAUUCAAUAUUUAUCCAUCACUCGUACAUAUAUUGGAUAAAGAUGGAAAUGAUCUUUUAUUAUAUACAUGCCUUAAAGUUGUCGGUCCUCGAUAUUCAUUAAUGAGAAUUCUUAUACAAGCAGGAUGUAAUCAACAAAGAGAAAAUGGUCUUGGGCAAACAUUGAUGGAUGCUUUGCAAUUGGAACAUAAUAGAGAUGUAUUAGAAUUCUUGAAAACUGAAGGAGUAGUCAAAGUCAACAAUCUGAACUUGAACAAAUGA